AUGAUUCUCCUUUCUCCAUCUAUAUGCUUAUAUAAUCUCUCAUACUACUUCACUUCUCCAGUUAACAUAGAAACACAUGGAUCUCACACUUUGGCUCAGAUUUUAUGCUUCAUUCCUUUUAAUUAUCUUCUUCCCACGAAAUCUUGCAGUAUCAUCAACUUAUAGCUCAGGAGAUGCAGUUGCUCUCUUAUCUUUCAAAUCUCUCAUCACAUAUGAUCCAGAUGGAGCACUUGCCUCUUGGGGAAAUAACUCUCUUCACUUCUGCAAUUGGCUAGGUGUGACUUGCAGUAAUGAAAGUGGUAAUGAACCCAGGGUCGCAGCCUUAGAACUCAUAGGCAUUGAUUUGGCUGGCUCAAUAUCUCCCUCUCUGGGAAACCUCUCCUUCCUCCACAAGCUUCACAUCUCCAAAACUCAAAUAUAUGGAUCCAUUCCACAUGAGCUUGGCUCUCUUUCUAAUCUUCAGUUUCUUAAUCUAAGCCAUAAUUCAUUUUCAGGUAAGAUUCCUCACACUCUUUCCCAAUGCUCUCUUUUGGAAAUUAUUAGUUUAAAGUCCAAUAUGCUUGAUGGUGAGAUCCCCUCAAAUCUUAGCCUUUGCACUAUGCUUCAAGUCAUUAAUGUCAGUUCAAAUAAACUUACUGGCACAAUACCUGCUAGUUUUGGAGCUUUAAAAGGUUUAGAAGAUCUGUUGCUUCAUGACAACAUGUUGGUAGCCAAUACGGAGGGAGAUUGGAAUUUUCUCACUGCUUUGACAAACUGUAGUAAUUUAACAUUUCUUGGAUUGGGAAAUAAUAGAUUGACAGGCCAGCUUCCUAUCUCAGUCACAAAUCUUUCAGUGAAUCUUAAAUAUUUAGAUAUGGCGAAAAACCAAAUUUAUGGAGGCAUUCCUUUUGGAAUUGAGAAGUUGGUCAAUUUUCAACUACUUUCCUUGAGAAACAAUCAUUUCAGUGGUGUUAUUCCUCCAUUUAUUGGAGUUCUUAGUUUAGAAAUGUUUGAUGUGAGAAAGAAUCAAUUUUAUGGAGCAAUUCCACCUUCCUUUUGCAACCUCACAUCUCUUUUAUAUCUACAUAUAGCUACCAACAACCUUGAAGGUGGUGUUUUACCAUGCCUUGGCAACCUCACCUCUCUAAUUGAAUUAGACUUGAGUCAAAUUAAUGUUACAGGAGAGAUUCCCUCUUCUUUAGGACAUCUAUUGAAACUUGAACUAUUUUCUCUCAGUUUUAAUAACUUGUAUGGAAACAUACCACCAUCUUUAGGAAAUCUACAAUUCUUAGUUGAAUUAGAUCUAGUGAAUAAUAUGCUUAGUGGAUUUAUCCCAGAUUCUCUUUGGAACCUCACCUCUCUCGAAUACUUGGGCAUAGAUAAUAACAAUUUAAUUGGUAUUUUACCAAUGAAAACUCUUCCUUCUCUUAAAUAUCUUGGCCUUGCAUAUAACAACCUUCAUGGGCCCAUUACAACCUUCUUGUUCAACUCUUCUGGAAUAGAAUUACUUGAACUUUCUAAAAAUUUAUUUAAUGGACCCAUACAUAUUAAUAUAGGGAAUUUAAAAAAUCUAUCCAAAGUACUAUUGGCUGGAAAUUUCUUGAAAGCAAGAGACAUCAAAGAAUGUUCCUUCAUUACAACACUAACCAACUGUACUAAUUUGACGGAACUAGAUUUAGAGUCGAAUGAAUUAGAAGGAAUAUUACCUCAAUCAAUAGUAAAUCUAUCUACAACAUUAUCAAUUUUCAGAUUAGACUGGAACAAAAUAUCUGGAAACAUACCUAUAGAUAUAGGAAAUCUCAUUUGUCUUAACUUGUUAAACCUAGGAAAAAAUAAUCUCUCGGGCACCAUUCCCGUGGGGAUUGAAAAGUUGAACUCAUUACAAGGAUUAGAUUUACAUGGUAAUAGACUUUCAGGUGAAAUUCCAUACAACAUUGGCAACCUUUCAAUGCUAAAUAAUCUUUUUUUAGAUCACAAUGAUUUAAGUGGGCAUAUUCCUUCUAAUCUUGGAAGUUGUAAGCAACUAACGCAAUUGGGCCUUCAAUUCAACAAGUUCAUGGGCACCAUACCAAAAGAAAUCUUUAACAUCCCUUCUCUAUCCAUCGGUAUUGACUUAUCAAAUAACUUGUUGACUGGAUUGCUCUCUAUCGAUGUUGGCCUCUUAGUAAAUCUUGUAUUUAUUGUUUUGUCGAACAACAAAUUAUCAGGCCAAAUUCCAAGCCAGCUUGCUCAAUGUGUGCAACUCAAAUAUCUUUUCAUAGACAACAACUUAUUUCAAGGGAACAUUCCAUCAUCUCUUGGAUCAUUAAAAAGCCUUGAGUUGUUCAAUCUUUCAUAUAACAAUUUAUCUGGAAAAAUACUCAAAUUCUCAGAAUCCCUUAAAUAUUUGGACCUCUCUUACAAUAAGCUUGAAGGAGAAGUUCCACAAAAUGGUAUUUUUUUGAAUAUAAGUGCAUUUUCAGUGUAUGGAAAUGACAAACUUUGUGGAGGUAUUGUUGAAUUAAAGCUACCACCAUGCCUUCAGAAUGAUAAAGCCUCGAGGAAGAAUCACACUUUAACUCUGCUACUUGCAACGGUCAUCCCAAUAACUUGUAUCAUUCUAUUAUUUAUCCUUUCAACAUGGAGAAGAAGAAAGUCUAAAAAGCUUCCUUCGAUAGAGAGAGUUGAGAAAGAUCAGAAUCAUGUACAAGUUUCUUAUGCUGAGCUUCAAAGAGCGACUAAUGGGUUCUCAUCACAUAAUUUAAUUGGAAGAGGAAGUUUUGGUUCUGUCUACAUUGGAAAUUUAGAUCACAAUUGGCAAAAAAGCAUCGCUAUAAAGGUUCUCAAUCUCCAAAAAAGAGGAGCCUCUAAAAGCUUUGAAUUGGAAUGCAAAGCAUUGAGAAGUGUUCGACAUAGAAAUCUUGUAGGGAUAUUAACUUCAUGCUCGAGUAUUAACCAUGAAGGCAAUGAUUUCAAAGCCUUGGUUUUUGAGUACAUGUCAAAUGGCAAUUUGGAUAAAUGGUUGCAUCAACCAUCAAUAUUUGACAAUGAUAGUCCUAAAAAAUUAACCAUAAUCCAAAUAUUAAAUAUAAUUAUUGAUGUAGCUUCUGCUGUCGACUAUCUUCAUAAUCAUGGACCUAUACCAAUUGUUCAUUGUGAUCUCAAGCCAAGUAAUGUUCUCCUUGAUGAAGACAUGGUUGCACAUGUAAGUGACUUCGGUUUAGCAAGGCUCCUUAUUGAUACUACAAAACAAUUCUCCCAAGCUUCUACUAGCUCUAUUGCAUUGAAAGGAACCAUCGGAUAUGCAGCCCUAGGUAUCUAUCUUCAUGCACUUGGUAAAAUAAUUUUUAUACCUUGUAUUUCUUAUUUUCUCUAACAUG